AUGGCGCUUGAGAGAAGCACCAGACCAUUGGCCAAGUGCUUGCGAUGCACGCGACACGAUAGAAUAUCGCUGCCAAUCAGAGCCUUCAGCAACACACCUGCAGCCCGAGAAGAACAGACGGUCUCGGAAGCACAACCAGCUCCAGCAGCGUCCUCCGCACCUAAAAAGAAGCUGUUGGACCCAGAAACGGUAUCCUCGCCCAGAAAAGAACGAAAGCUCGUGCGCGAGCAACACAGACUACCCAUUGGAUCGAGACGAAGACGAGCAGCCCUCGCGACCUCCCAAAACAUCCCUUUCACGGAGCUCCCUUACCAAUGCUUUCAGGAAGCUCGGCAGUACCUGCUGCAGGAUCGCCAGCGAAAACUGGAAGAGAUUGCUAUACAGCGAACGAGGAUUGCCAAGUUGCAGGAUAAGGUCGUUGUGGAUGAGAGAGAACAGCAGAAGAAAGAACAUUCGCUGAAGACUAUGCGACAGAGGUUGGAACACACAAAGAUUCUAGCAGAUAUCAAUGAUCCUCUUGUGAAGAAGAGAUUCGAGGAUGGAUUGGGUACGUUACCCGUCUAGAUUUGACCCCUGAUGGAUCUGCUAACUCCUCGUGUGAAGCCGACAUGAACAAACCCAUCUACCGACACCUAGCUGACCAGAAAUGGCGAUCCUACGAACGACGACUUGUCAUGCAACGUGUCACCACCAUGAACGUCGUCCCAGACGUCAUCCCGGCAAUUGAUCCUACGCUCUCGACAUCCCUCAACUUCGAAUUCCCUAACUCGCGCGGAGUCCGACACGGUGAUAUCGUCGAAUCGCGCGUCUCAGAGAGACCUGCUAUCCUUCGAAUUCAAAAAUACGAGAAGGGAGAAAAACUCUACACCAUCGCAGUCAUCAAUCCCGAUGUACCAGAUGUUGCCAAAGACGGGUUCUCAUCGAGGAUGCACUUCCUGGCCUGCAACAUCCCUCUUUCGCCAACGAACACGUUGGUCCGUUUGAGCCAACUCAACAAGGACACGCAAGUUGCCCUCCCUUGGCUACCAGCCUACGCACAAAAAGGUUUACCCUAUCAGCGUAUGGCAAUCGUCAUCCUAGAACAGCCGGCGCCUACACGACCUCCUGCAGGAAGCAAUGACGUGAUUCCUUCGACGCCAGUGGAUGUCUCGAAACUGAGAAAUCUGAAGAAUGCGCGUGAAAAGCUCACUAUACGGAGCCUGAUGAGCGUUGAUAAAUUGAUGCCAGUUGGUGUCGAUCUCUUCCGUACCCAAUGGGAUGAGGGUACUGCCGGCGUCAUGCAGAGAGCGGGUGUUAUUGGAUGGGAUGUUGAAUUCAAGAGGAAGAGGAUCGAGCCAUUGCCAUACCAGAGAUUGAAGGGGGAGAGAUACCGAUAG